AUGGGACAUUGGAAGAAUUUCUUUACCGCCGAUCCUGGUAGGACCCGGCACCGCGUCGAGGUGGAACGUCGUCGGCUGUUACCUGCCUAUGCUGCCGAUCAGUCUGACGCCUCUGAUGCUUCAAAGGAAAUUGCUAAGGUUGCUCUUCGUUUGAAAUAUCAAAUCGAGCAGGUUGUCUCCUGCGAGGUAGAGGAUAGUGCCUUAACCAACCCAAACAGCCGUAUCAUCACGGACAAUGUAGUUGAGACUGCCAAGCAAGCCGGUGGGGACGACUACAAAGCAUGCGUUGUUUAUUGUCUUCUGGUUUGUCUGCGAUGGUUCAAGAUUCAAUCCUCCGUCGAGCUUUGGGAUUCCGAUCUCCAUGGGGUUCGGGCUCUGGCUUGCGAGGUCAUUGCCAAGCGCAUCAUCGAAUCCGAGCAGAACCAGGAUUACGUCAUGAGGGAUAUUUUACUCAAGCGAUACUCUAUCUUCAGUGAGGGGGUAGAGACUGAUCCUGCCAAUGUCAUUGAACGAGCGGUAGAUCUCCAUGCCUUGAGGAUCAUCAGCUCUGCCCCGUACCAGAAAUGUAUCCAGUACCUGUGGAAGGGUUGGAUCUGUCAGGAAGAGGGCAACCCAACUAACUUUGUCGAAUACAGCGAGAAGUCUAACACCGGAUAUUGGGUUCAUUUCCAUCCUGAUCGGAUGCGGACUCCUCUGUAUCAGAAUGUCUGCCAAAUUUUGUUCUCCUUGAUUUACCUUGCGGUUUAUACGGCAGUUAUUAAUACCGUGAACCCAAGCGGUGACGUGGAUGUGGUUGAGGCCAUUCUUUACGGUAUGACUCUUGCGUUCAUCUGCGACGAAGGGAUCAAGUUUUGGAAGGUUGGAUGGAAUUACCUCGAAUUCUGGAAUGCUUUCAACUCAACCCUCUACACCAUCCUGACGGUAUCCCUUAUCUUGCGCUUUAUUGCCUUGGCACACUCAUCGUCUACCCACAAUGAACAAAGGCAGCUAUACAACGAGCUGAGCUACAACUUCCUGGCUUUUGCGGGCCCUAUGUUCUGGAUGCGCAUGAUGCUAUAUCUUGACUCGUUCCGCUUCUUCGGUGCUAUGUUUGUGGUUCUUCGAGUCAUGAUGAAGGAGAGUUUGAUAUUCUUUGCUCUUCUAUUUGUGGUUCUGGCUGGUUUCUUCCAGGCCUUUGUCGGCAUGGCCCAGGUGGAUGCCGAUAUUCCCGUUCACCGAAACAUUCUCCAGGGAAUGGUAAACAGUAUCAUGCAGAGUCCUGAAUUUGACACUUUCCAGGAUUUUGCAUUUCCGUUUGGCAUCAUCCUCUACUAUGUUUUCAACUUCAUUGUCAUGACUGUUCUGUUAAAUAUUCUCAUUGCCUUGUACAACAGCGCAUAUGAAGAUAUCUCCGGCAAUGCCACGGACGAAUACAUGGCCAUCUUCGCGCAGAAAACCAUGCAGUUCGUCCGCGCCCCUGAUGAAAAUGUCUUCAUCCCGCCGUUCAAUCUCGUCGAGAUUGUGUUCCUGAUAGCCCCAUUCGAAUGGUGGCUUCCUCGGGAGACCUACGCCAGACUGAAUGAACUUGUAAUGGGCGUUAUCUAUUCGCCGCUGCUUAUCGUUGCAGCCUGGGUUGAGACCCGCCAGGCACACCGGAUUCGAUGGAAUCGCCGCCAUGGCGAAGAAGACGAUGACUGUGCUCAGGAAUGGGAGCAUGUGGCUAAGGAGGUCAACUUUGAUCUUGAUGAUACCUGGAAAGAGCACGUGGUAGAGACUACACCGGAUAUCAAAGUUGAUAGUUGCACAUAUGAACUCAGAGAGCUGAAGGAGCAGGUUAGGAUGUUGACGGAGACGGUGAAGGGAUUGAGUCAGGAGCUAGCGGACAAGAAGCACGUCGAGCGGCGAAUCCUCUGGAACCAAAAUUGUAAGGUGGAAGGUGGCUUCAUCUACGAAUCUGGGCCCUUCCUCGAUUGGAUCCUAUCAUUGCUUUCCGGCUUCAUUGCCACAAUGGCAAAGCUCGUGGACGACCCUCAGAUCCAUACUGCCUCGUUGCAUAACCCGAUCCCUUGGCAACUGCAUACAUACGUUUGGCCUUUCCUGAUUAUCUGGCCCGUGUUCUUCGCCUUCUACCUCUCCCCCGAGCGUUAUGAUACCUACAUUCAGGGACAGGAAUGGACCUUCGUGUUCGCGGGGUCUAUCAUCACAAUCCAGUCGCUCUUUUGGUUGAUGACCAAGUGGAACAUUGAUAUCAACACCCUGUUCACUACCACUCGAGCCAAGUCCAUCGACACUGCCCGGCUUAUCAAAGUGGUUCCCAUCACUAACGCUGGCUCUGCCGAGAUCUGCAAAUUGAUUAAUGAGAACACCGGUGCGAAGAAGACCCUUUCAUUCCUCUUCCAGAAGCGCCGCUUCCUGUUUUAUCCCGAGACGCGCACCUUUGCACCCCUGUCUUACGUCCUUGACGCCGAACCAAAGCCGGCCCUCGAGACUUUCCAGCUGAGCGAGGGCUUCACGUCGAAGGCCGAGAUUGACCGCGUCUACCACCACUAUGGCGAUAACACCUUCGAUAUCCCCGUUCCCAGUUUCGUUGAGCUCUUCCAGGAGCACGCUGUCGCGCCGUUCUUCGUCUUCCAGAUUUUCUGUGUUGGAUUGUGGAUGUUGGAUGAAUACUGGUACUACUCGCUAUUCACGCUGUUCAUGCUCGUUAUGUUUGAGAGCACCGUUGUGUGGCAGCGCCAGAGGACCUUGAGCGAGUUCCGUGGAAUGAGCAUCAAGCCUUACGAUGUCUGGGUAUACCGUGAACGCAAAUGGCAAGAGAUCACCAGUGAUAAGCUUCUUCCCGGUGAUCUCAUGUCAGUGAACCGCACCAAGGAGGACAGCGGCGUUGCCUGCGAUAUCCUUCUGGUUGAAGGCAGUGUCAUUGUGAACGAGGCUAUGCUUUCUGGCGAGAGCACACCUCUUCUGAAAGACUCCGUCCAGCUCCGUCCCGGCGGUGACUUGAUUGAGCCGGAUGGAUUGGAUAAGCUCUCGUUUGUGCAUGGAGAACUUGUCCAGCAACGUUACUAUGCCCCGGACAAUGGCGCUUUGGGUGUGGUUGUUAAGACCGGUUUCGAAACCAGCCAGGGUAGCCUCGUCCGGACUAUGAUCUACUCAACUGAACGUGUCUCUGCCAACAACGUUGAAGCUUUGCUGUUCAUCCUCUUCCUCCUGAUUUUCGCAAUUGCCGCUUCGUGGUACGUGUGGCAAGAGGGUGUGAUUCGGGACCGCAAACGCUCCAAGCUUCUGCUCGACUGUGUCCUCAUCAUCACCAGUGUUGUUCCUCCCGAAUUGCCCAUGGAACUAAGCUUGGCCGUCAACACUAGUCUUGCUGCUUUGAGCAAGUAUGCCAUUUUCUGCACUGAGCCUUUCCGUAUCCCCUUCGCUGGUCGCGUUGACAUUGCUUGCUUCGACAAAACCGGCACUCUGACUGGAGAGGAUCUUGUCGUUGAUGGUAUUGCUGGACUUACUUUGGGUCAGGCUGAUUCGAAGGUCGAAGCCGAUGGUGCUCACACUGAAUUGACCAAUUCCUCUGCUGUUGGACCCAACACCACUCUCGUUCUCGCCAGUGCUCAUGCCUUGGUGAAGCUGGAUGAGGGUGAGGUCAUCGGAGAUCCCAUGGAGAAGGCUACAUUGGAAUGGCUUGGCUGGACUCUGGGCAAGAACGAUACUCUGUCUUCCAAGGGCAACGCUCCCGUUAUCUCUGGCCGCAACGUCGAGUCUGUUCAUAUCAAGAGAAGAUUCCAGUUCUCCUCAGCCCUGAAACGCCAGAGUACUAUCGCAACCGUUACGUCCAAUGACCGCAAGACUUCCAAGAAGAUCAAGUCCACAUUUGUGGGUGUCAAGGGUGCCCCCGAGACCAUCAAUACUAUGUUGGUCAACACGCCUCCCAACUACGAGGAAACUUACAAGCACUUCACCCGCAAUGGUGCUCGUGUGCUUGCUCUUGCGUACAAAUACCUUUCAUCUGAAUCCGAGCUUUCCCAGGGCCGGGUCAACAACUACGUCCGCGAAGAGGUUGAAUCCGAACUGAUUUUUGCCGGUUUCCUUGUCCUACAGUGCCCUUUGAAGGAUGAUGCCGUCAAGGCUGUCCGUAUGCUGAAUGAAAGCAGCCACCGUGUUGUGAUGAUCACUGGUGAUAACCCGUUGACCGCUGUCCAUGUCGCACGCAAGGUUGAGAUUGUUGACCGAGAGGUCCUUAUCCUUGAUGCCCCUGAACAUGACAAUUCUGGAACUAGGAUUGUCUGGCGUACCGUCGACGAUAAGCUCAAUGUCGACGUCGACCCCACUAAGCCCCUCGACCCGGAGAUCCUGAAGACCAAGGACAUCUGUAUCACUGGAUAUGCCCUGGCAAAGUUCAAGGGCCAGAAGGCUCUCCCUGAUCUGCUCCGUCACACCUGGGUUUAUGCUCGUGUGUCUCCCAAGCAAAAGGAAGACAUUCUUCUUGGUCUUAAGGACGCCGGAUACACCACUCUGAUGUGCGGUGAUGGCACCAACGAUGUUGGCGCUCUGAAGCAGGCUCAUGUCGGUGUCGCGCUUCUGAACGGCUCGCAAGAGGAUCUAACCAAGAUCGCUGAACACUACCGGACCACCAAGAUGAAGGAGCUUCCCUGUUCAGAUCGCUCACCUGUAUCCCCCGGUCCUUCCAACCCGCACUACCAGAAAGCCAUGGAGCGAGAGUCGCAGCGCAAGGGUGCUGCGAUCACCGCUGCUGGCGGAACCCCCGAAGCUAUCCCAACUAUCACAUCUCCUGGCGCCCAGGCCUUGCAGCAAUCGAACUUGACUCCCCAGCAGCAGAAACAGCAGCAGGCCCAGGCUGCCGCAGCUGGCCUUGCAGACAAGCUCACAUCUUCUAUGAUGGAACAGGAACUGGAUGACGGCGAACCUCCCACUAUCAAGUUGGGUGAUGCAUCCGUCGCUGCUCCCUUUACCAGCAAGUUGGCCAAUGUUAUUGCUAUCCCGAAUAUUAUUCGUCAAGGCCGUUGCACCCUGGUUGCGACUAUUCAGAUGUACAAGAUUCUUGCUUUGAACUGCUUGAUCAGCGCCUACAGUCUGAGUGUCAUCUACCUGGACGGUAUCAAGUUCGGUGAUGGACAGGUCACUAUCAGCGGUAUGCUGAUGAGCGUCUGCUUCCUUUCUAUUUCCCGCGCCAAGUCUGUCGAGGGUCUGUCUAAGGAGCGCCCGCAGCCGAAUAUCUUCAACGUCUACAUCAUUGGAUCUGUUCUUGGACAGUUUGCCAUCCACAUUGUGACCCUGGUCUACCUCUCCAACUAUGUCUAUAAGCACGAGCCGAGAGAUUCCGAUAUUGAUCUCGAGGGCGAGUUUGAGCCUUCCCUCCUGAACAGUGCCAUCUACCUCCUCCAGCUGAUCCAGCAAAUCUCCACCUUCUCGAUCAAUUACCAAGGUCGUCCCUUCCGCGAGUCAAUCCGUGAGAACAAGGGCAUGUACUGGGGUCUCAUUGCCGCGUCGGGUGUCGCAUUCUCUUGCGCCACUGAAUUCAUUCCCGAGUUGAAUGAGAAGCUCCGCCUCGUUCCCUUCACCAAUGAGUUCAAGGUGACUCUGACCGUGCUGAUGAUCUUCGACUACGGUGGCUGCUGGGUGAUUGAGAACGUCCUCAAGCACCUGUUCAGUGACUUCCGUCCCAAGGACAUUGCCAUUCGUCGUGCCGACCAGCUCAAGCGCGAGGUGGACCGUAAAUUGCAAGAGCAAGUUGAGGCCGAGGCUCAGAAGGAGCAAAGAAAGAUUUAG